CCUCGGAGCUAUUAGGGCUCCGCUGGGGCGCAGCUUGGUAGGGCGCAUGAAGCGCUGGGGCCAGACGCUGCAAACUCUGUACAAGUAGGAAAGCAGUUGCAUACUUUCAUGAGCACCAUGGUGGCUUCAGAAAGUGCAAAUGAUGCACUGCAUUGAUUCCUUAAGACUUGAAAGGUAGCUGUUGUGAGAGCAUGCAAUGCUGCGACCCUCAGGUUGAUAUGUUUGAACUUUUCUAUGCAACACCCACCCACGUGGAAUGUAAAGAAUCAUAGACUAGAUGGAGGGAGAGGUACUUGUGAUUCUCGAGAAUGAUUUGGCUGGGGGUCCAGCCCAAGUGACCAAGCGGUACCUUGUGUUGAAGGGUCGCAGGUUUGAGGUUUUCCCAGACAAGCCAAGGGAAGGAGAAAAGCCAACGAGUGUGGGACUUCUUGGGCCGGACAUCCGAGUGAAGCAAGGAACGAGAGAGACUGUAGCGGGGCAGAAGCUCUUCACAUUUGUCUUGUCCAGUACGUUGGCCACCAAGAAAGAGACGAAGCUGGGCACCAAGGCUGGGAAGGAUGCUGUAAAAUGGAUCCAAGCAAUUACGGCCAGUGUCGAAGGGUCCCUCCAACGGAGCGAGAGCUGGAAGCUGGCCAGCCCUGACGAUGCCGUCGCUGUUAAGAUUGGCGAGGUGGACAUUGUGGCGCAAGUCGCGUGGAGACUGUACAAGUGCGAGAACGGUUUGCGCUUCUUCGAGGAGACCAGCGCUCAGGGCAGCGCACCAAGGCAGCGGGUAACGAAGGUUUUGGGUGUGGUGGAGGCAUCGACAGAGGCAGUGUUCAACCUAGUAAUGGACCUGGGGACCACACGCACAGAAUGGGACACAACGUUUGUUGGGGGCGGGCUGGUGGAGCAAGUGGACGACCAUGUCGAUAUUCUGCACCAGCUUCUGGAGUACAGAAAGCAAACCUGGGACCUGUGCUUGACCCGGUACUGGCGCUACCAGACCGACGGAUCGUACGUGGUCUUUUACGAGUCUACGAAGCACAAGGCCUGCAAGCCCAGGUGGGGAACCCAACGGAUCAGUCUCGAGAGUGGCGGCCUCAGCAUCUCCCCCCUCCAGAGCCCCACCGGCUCGCCCCGCGCUCUCGUCGAGUACACCCUCGAACUCGAAACCGGCGCCUCGCCCCACUUCGGCUCCGGCUUUGGCAGCUGGCAGCAGAGCGUGACGGCUUAUCCGGAGGGCCUGCGAAACGCCCUACUCGGGCAGAUUGCCGGCAUCCGUGACUACUAUGCCUCACGUUCCCGCCCCCGCGUGGACGUCCGCCACGACAGCCCCGUCAAGGGCGUGCUCGAGCUGCUCGCGCCCAAGAAGCGCUUCCUGGACCUGCGAUUCCCAUCAGCCGCGGAGGGGGAUAAGCUAUCCUCCACCCCCGUGCUGGAGGUGAACGGGGCAAACAGGAUCGACGAGGAGGAGGAGGAGCUGGAGGAGUUUUACGACGCCUUCCAGGACAUGAGCUCCAGCUCGACCAGCACCACGCCCGAGGGAUCCCCCCGGGACCCGGGCUUGUGGCAGCCGGUGGAGCGCGCGCCCAUUGACUGGUCGGCGUUCCGGGGCAAUUUGGAGCAGGGCCCCAAGGAGAAGGGCAAGAACUGCUACAGCGACCCCGACAUGGAGGUCUUCCUGCUGCGGGGCAUGACCUACUUCCAGGACCGGAAAAAGAUACCAGCUGGUGAGCCUCUGCUCCGAUUAGCAGCCGUCGAUUGGCUCCGAUCAACCGCGAGGAUCGACCGGAUAGCCCAGCGUCCCAAUAACGCCGUCAUGCAGGCGGCUUCGAAGGUGGACGACCUCUUCGCGAUGAUCAUCAACAUGCAGCUCCCGGGCAAGACGCAGUACAGCAUGGUUUUCUACUUUGUCUGCACAUUAGACGACAUCGAGCCGGGGUCCGUCCUGGAUGGGUUCAUAAAAGGCAGUGACGCGCACCGAAAUAAGCGCUUCAAGUUCACGCCGCGAAUAGCCGAGGGGUCGUGGCUCAUCAGACAAGCGGUCGGGGAGCACUCCGUCACGGUAGCGGACGCACUAGGCGUCACGUACUCGUCAGGGAAGAACUAUCUAGAGGUGGACGUGAACAUCGGUUCUUCGCCCAUCGCGUCCAGUGUGUUUGGGCUGGUAAUGGGUGUCAUCACAAACGUAGUCAUUGACUUUGCGUAUGUCUUAGAGGCGGUGACCGAGGACGAGUUGCCGGAAGAGUUGCUGGGCGCAGUGCGCCUAUCUAGGUUGCAAUUCUCAUCGGCCGUCCAAGUCGAUCCGCUUUGAUGAUGUUCUCUUCAAUCUAAACCUUGUAGUAGCCUUCGAGAAUAGGGGCAACAUCGUAAGUGAGGUUGAAGAGACCACAGCUGUCGACGACAUGAAGGAUUGCCACUGGCUGCGAAUGAGAGGGCGGUCGACUCCUUGAUAAGGACAUUCAGAUAAGAGUGAAGGCCAAACGAGGAGUACUAAGCAGGUACUUUUACAUCGGGGAGUUGAGACAUCGAGGCGCUCGAUUCUCCUGUCGAAAAUUCAAUCAGACGAAUCCCGCUCAUUUAUGGCGCGUGAUCCGAAUCGGAUGGCGUGGAUCGAAG